CAUUCAAUGAGAAAAUAUUGAAGUCGUAUGUGUCGUGUUUAUAAUUUAGUUGUAAUUAUCAUUUAACUUUAGAUUGACAUAUGUUGGAAUGUUCUCAGCUAUUAAGAGGUUCACUAGUAAAGGAGAUGGGGCCUCUAGUAGUGGAACUGGGGUUGCCUCAAAGCCCCCUGGCCACCAAACAAUGUCUUCCUCUUUACAGAGGAAGUUUGCAAAAGGAGUUCAAUAUAACAUGAAAAUAAUCAUCAAAGGUGAUAGGAAUGUUGGUAAAACAUGUUUGUUUCAAAGGCUGCAGGGAAAGAAAUUCAUGGAGGAGUAUAUUCCAACUGAUGAGAUCCAGGUAACUUCUAUUCAGUGGAGUUACAAAGCCACUGAUGACAUUGUUAAAGUGGAAGUUUGGGAUGUGGUUGAUAAAGGGAAGAAGAAGAAACGUUUUGAGGGUUUAAAAUUGGAAAAUGCUGAUAUGCCAGAGGAGACUGCAUUGGAUGCUGAAUUUCUAGAUGUUUAUAAAGGAACUAAUGGUAUCAUCUUAGUUAUGGACAUUACAAAGAGUUGGACCUUUGAAUAUGUUCAAAGAGAAAUGCCUAAAAUUCCAUCUCAUAUUCCAGUUAUCAUUUUGGCUAACCAUUGUGAUAUGUCUCAUCAUAGAACUGUCACCUCUGAUCAUAUUAGCUACUAUAUUGAAUCAAUAGAAGGAACUCGAACAGCGCAAGUGCGUUAUUCUGAGUCUUCGAUGCGUAACGGUUUUGGCUUGAAGCUCUUGCACAAAUUCUUUAAUUUGCCAUUUCUGCAAUUACAACGGGAAACGCUUUUACGUCAAUUAGAGCGUAAUGAGAAAGAGACCGAUGCAACAAUACAAGAGCUCGAUUUGUUCGCAGAGUCGGACGACGCUAAUUAUACUAAAUUCCAAGAAAAUUUGACGCGUAGACGUAGGGAAAUUGCCGAUUCCAAUGCGAAUAUACCGCCACCGGCCGUUCUACCUGUGUCUGCAAGUAGCAUGCAGUUAGGAAGCGGCGGAAUUAGUAAUGUUGGCACAGAGGUAAAACGAUCUCAGAGUGCUUCGAUUAUAAUCGGAGCGGGUAAACCAAUACCAUUUGGGAAUAACGGUAUAAUGCAGAAAAAUUCAAGCUCGCAGAGCUCCGGUAAAACAUCCAGUCAAAGCUCUGGUUUUGUGUCCAAGUUUGGCGUGAGAGAGGACGGUGUAGCGCCGGACCUUCGGAGACUCGAAAUAAGUCCAAUAACAUCCGUUGAGGAAUUCUGUCCGGACGGUGGUCAAUUGGAUAGAAGCUUUUUGGAUGAUGUGCAAAGUUAUGCAAAUACUGCCAAUAACGAAGUGGACGAAUCGGACAGCGACGGUGAAAUUGGUAAUCCAUUGGUAUCGGAGUACCAAGAUGACUUGGAGAUGGAGGAAGUGAAACCAAAUGUCUUCCGUAAAGGUGGAGGCAGUAGCGAUAUAGAUUUGGAUAUGAAGCAGACAAACGAUGAGUUCGAUUCGACUAUUAAUUCGGAGAUUUCGGAAUUAACGUCUGAUGCAUUUGAUACUUGGAUGGGGGCUGAUUCAAAGUGGAGGAGGUCUCCGGAGGGCGGUGAAGAUGUUAGCGCCGUUAGUCAAACAUUGGAUUACAGUGGAAGUACUGUUUAUGAUGAUAGCACUAGUGUAACAUCAUCGAACGUUCACAUGGAACUCUUAAGCUCGAAGCAUAGUCAUAGUCCAAGUAGGAGUGACAGCGAACAGACAUCUUCCGUGACAUCAUUAAAAAAAGAGAAGAAAAGGGACAAAGAAAAGUCUGAUAAAAAGCAAAAAAGUAAGAAAAGUAAAGACAAAGAAAAAGUUAAAGAGGCGAAAGGCGAGAAGAGGCAUAAAAGGAGAUCGCGCGAAGAGAACACUUCGCAACAUCGGGAUGAAUUGGAAGAGUUUCUCAAUGGAUCAGCAAGUCCUUGUCUGGACGCGGCUUACGAGGCUAUUUAAUUGUUCGCUUUAUUAAUAAUAAUAAUAAUAUAUAAUGGCAUGUCUAUGUACAUGCUACUCGAAUUGUGAUGGUGUUUUUGGGGCGCCUCCAUUUUCCCAGGAAAAUAAAGUUUAAGAUAUAUCUAAUUAAUAUUAUUAUAUUUACGCUGUAGACACA